AUGGCGAUGGCGGCGUUGGUGGUGCUCUCUCUGCUGCUCCUGCCCACCGGGGAGGCGCAGGAGAGGCGCCCGGUGGAGGCGCACCCGCACGGGCUGCCGUUCGAGAGCCCGCUGGCGCUGUCGCCGGCGGCGUACGAGUUCUUCCACCCCACUGUCCGUGAGGGCGUGGUGGCCGGCGUGUUCGUCGGGGCAGCGGUGGUGGUGUUGGCGGCUCUCGGGCUAGCGUACGCGGUGGCGCGGCGCCGCGUGGGCGUCGCGCAAGGUGACGCUGAGGCGGCUAGCGCACCGAAGUCGAAUGCUUAA